GAAAACAGGGAGAGGGAAGAGGAGGAGGUUUAGAAAGGGGUUCAAAUAAUAAACAGCUGCUGGAAAGAGCCAAGCCACUGGUCGGAGUGAAGGAGAGAAAGAGAGCCGGAGCGGAAGAGAGGGAUACCAGCUCGGAGGUAAAGAAAACGCUGAGGAAGGAAAAUAGUUGGUACUCAACUCAAAGGUUCCUCAAAGCAGUGUGAAAGAGGAAGAGAGAAGAGGAAGAAAAACUGCUCCCAUUUCCACCCUUCAAGGAGAUCUGCACUGGACAGAAACUUCUCUGCAGAGCUCCAUGACAUAGAGGCCAGCUUGCCAGACUCUCUCUCCAGGAUCGUGAUUCUGAUCAGGGGCUUCUCUCCCUGGACACGUGGCCUGGGGCUCCAGAGGAGAAGGAGACAUUCUUUCACUAACUGGCCCUGCCUUGGCUGUGAAUAGAAGGGUGUGAGAGGGAGUCCAGGCUGGGGCAGGGGGCUGGUAGUAGGGCUAAGACUGCAUGCCUCUGUCUCUCUCACACAGUGUGAGAGUAUGUGUGAUGUGUGUUUGUGUUUCCUCUGCAGUGUGUUAGCAUUACCUUAGCAAGCGAGGAAUGAGAGGUCGGCAGACCAUGUGCCUCUUUGUGUUGCCUCCUUUCCCCUGAGAGAGUGUGUGUGUGAGUGUGUAUGUGGGCAUGGAUAGUGUUUUUUUAUCUGGGUAAUUGAGAACAAAUGCUUGGCCCUACCCCGGGUUGGAGUGUAAACCGCUUACUUAGUGACCGGAGAAGCAGUGGAGGAAGGGAGAAAAGAAGGGAAGGAAUAUGAGGAAAAGCUUGAACACUUCUUCAACCCCCAGCCCCUCAGUCUUUCCACGUCAGUCUACAAACCUCUCUUGACAGCACUUGGAUAGUUCCCUCCAGUCUCCAGACCUCCACACUGACCCCUGGAAUUCUACCCCAGCUCAAGGACUUCAUCCCCAGCCUACAGACCACCUCAGACAGCCUCUCACCUCCUACCUCCAGGACCCCCAGCCUCAGCCCAGCUCUCAGGACAUCUAACCCCAGGCUUGAGACAUGACAGCAGGCUAGCCCCGGCUCCCUUCUUAGCCUGUGCUCCAUCGAGGAGGAUGCUUCUACCAUGUAGCCGAGCAGGGCGAACACACACACUGACUCACACACAACGGCGACAAAGGGUGUGUCAAGUGUGUAUGUCGCCUGGUUGGAUAGCCCGAAUUGAUGUUUUGAGCGCUGGAUUUAAUUGUAUUUGUAUUUUGAGAACUGGAUUCGACCAUAUUUGGAUUGGAUUUGACUGUGUUUCAAGUACUGACCUUGACCGUGUUUUGAAAGCUGGAUUUGACCGUAACCACUGGAGGACUACCCUAUCCCCUGUGACCCUUCUGUGCCUUUUGCCCUCUGUGACCUCAGAGAUGAUGUAGAGGUGAGGGGGAGGGGAGGAGACUCAUCCUGGAGCCAAAGAUGAUUGGCUUGAACUUCAGCUUGCAGGAGCUGCUCAGGAAAUUUGAAGAGGAUAUCCAGGCAGAGAUCGAUGCCCAUAAUGAUAUCUAUAAGAGUGUGGACGGGAAUAAGCCCAAGAUGGUCAAGGCCCUGGGGACCUCUGAGGAGGCAGUGUUUCUGCAGCACAGACUGGACGACAUGAACCAGCGCUGGAGCGACCUCAAGACCAAAUCUGCCAACAUACGGGCUCACCUGGAGGCGAGUGCGGAGCGUUGGAGUCGUCUGCUGAGCCUGCUGGAGGAGCUGUGGAGGUGGAUCUGUCUGAAGGAUAAGGAACUGGCCAAACAGAUGCCCAUAGGAGGAGAUGUCCCCACCCUGCUGCAGCAGCACAACCACUGCACGGUGUUGCGGUCGGAGCUGAAGGACCGUGAGCAUGUUGUGGCCAGUACACUGGACCAGGCACGCAUAUUCCUGGCUGACCAGCCCAUCGAGGGGCCAGGAGAACCACGCAAGAACCUACAGCCCAAAACAGACCUGACUCCAGAGCAGAAGGCGCAGGGUGUGGCCAGGGCCAUCAGGAAGCAGACAGCGGAGGUGCAGGAGCGUUGGGAGCGUCUGCAGGGCCACGCGGAGGGAUGGCAGAGCCAGUUAGAAAGGGCUUUAGAGAGGCUACAGGAGCUCCAGAGCAACAUGGACCAGCUGGACCUGCGGCUAACCAGGGCAGUGGAGACCAAGGCUGGCUGGCAGCCUGUAGGAGACCUGCUCAUAGACUCACUGCAGGACCACAUAGAGAAGACCACGGCUUUCAAGGAGGAGAUGGACCCUCUGAGGCAGGACGUGCAUGUGGUGAAUGAGCUGUCUGAUGAGCUGGCUCCUCUGGAUGUCCAGCUGUCCUCCACCUCCUCCAGACAACUGGAUGACCUCAACAUGCGCUGGAAACUACUACAGGUGGCCAUUGAGGAGAGACUGAAGCUCCUUCAGGAAGCCCACAGAGACUUUGGCCCUUCCUCCCAGCACUUCCUAUCCACCUCUGUGCAGCUCCCGUGGCAGAGGGCAGUCUCUCAGAAUAAGGUUCCAUACUACAUAAACCACCAGACUCAGACUACCUGCUGGGACCAUCCAAAGAUGACAGAGCUUUACCAAUCGCUUGCCGACCUGAACAACGUGAGAUUUUCCGCUUACAGAACAGCCAUGAAGAUCCGCAGGCUACAGAAAGCACUAUGCUUGGACCUGUUGGACCUGAACGUGGCCCAGAGCACCUUCGAACAGCACAAGCUUACCCAGAAUGCCCAGCUGCUGACGGUGCCUGACGUGAUCAACUGUCUGACGUCCAUCUAUGACGGGCUGGAGCAGCAGCACAAGGACCUGGUCAACGUUCCGCUGUGUGUCGACACGUGUCUCAACUGGCUGCUCAAUGUCUACGACACCGGACGCAGUGGGAAGAUUUGUGUCCUGUCCAUGAAGAUAGGAUUGCUCUCGCUCUCCAAGGGCCAUCUGGAGGAGAAAUACAAGUACCUGUUCAGUCAGGUGGCAUCAUCAGGGGAUACGUGUGACCAGAGACAGCUGGGUCUGCUGCUCCACGACGCUAUCCAGAUACCACGGCAACUAGGAGAGGUUGCCGCCUUCGGAGGGAGCAACAUCGAACCCAGUGUCCAGAGCUGCUUCCAACACGUGACCAAUAAGGUGGAGCUGGAGCCCAGGCAGUUUGUUGAUUGGAUGAGGCUGGAGCCCCAGUCUGUGGUGUGGCUUCCUGUGCUACAUAGAGUGGCGGCUGCUGAGACCGCCAAGCACCAGGCCAAGUGCAACAUCUGUAAAGAGUGUCCCAUCGUAGGGUUCAGGUAUCGCAGUCUGAAGCACUUUAACUAUGAUGUGUGUCAGAGUUGCUUCUUCUCUGGACGAACUGCCAAAGGCCACAAGCUCAACUACCCCAUGGUGGAGUACUGCACGCCUACCACUUCAGGUGAGGACAUGCGUGAUUUCACCAAGGUGCUGAAAAACAAGUUCCGCUCCAAGAAGUACUUUGCCAAGCACCCCCGCUUGGGCUACUUACCGGUCCAGACUGUUCUAGAAGGAGACAAUAUGGAGAUUCCCGUCACUCUCAUCAGCAUGUGUCCGGAGCAGUACGAGCCUUCCCAGUCAUCCCAGCUCGCUCAUGAUGACAGUCAUUCCAGGAUAGAGCAGUACGCUAGCAGACUGGCUCAGAUGGAAUGCUCCAAUGGUUCUCUGCCCACUGACAGCAGCUCAGCUACAGGAAGCAUGGAUGAUGAGCAUGCUCUGAUCCUGCAGUACUGCCAGACCCUGGGGGCAGAGGUAUCUCCCUGCAGCCAGCCGCAGAGCCCUGCCCAGAUCCUACAGGCCGUGGAGAGAGAGGAGCGGGGAGAGCUGGAGCGAAUCAUCCAGCGCCUGGAGGACGAGCAGAGGACCCUGCAGAGGGAGUAUGAGAAGCUGAAGGAGCAGCACGGGGGCCAGAGGGGGCCUGGUUCUGUGGGGCACUGGGACCCUGAGGGGUCCUCUCACCCCAGGGGUCCUAACGAGGCUGACCUGCUGGCUGAGGCCAAACUGCUCCGGCAGCACAAGGGUCGUCUGGAGGCCCGCAUGGACAUACUGGAGGAGCACAACAAACAGCUGGAGUCCCAGCUCCACCGGCUCAGACAGCUCCUGCACCAGCCGGAGAUGGACUCCAGGGUGAAUGGAGUGUCAUCCCCCAGCAUGCAAGAACGAGGGGCCCUCACCGAACACACAGAUGAGCUGUUGGACCACCCACACAACAUAAGCUCUGACCUGGCAGACGUCAUGAACAGAUCAACUGCAUGCAGUCCUUCAAGCCUCUCCUCGAGACCACAGGUGAUGUGAGGACCAUCAGAAAAGUUCCUUUCGGAGAGACAGAAACAUUCCCAAACACACAGCUUAUACUCUCUCCCUCGCUUCACUUUUCCGGAGGACAGACGGAGAGCUAGAGCCCCUAGCAAGAGACCUCCCUAAAACCCAAAGACACACAGGACCACAGAACUUUACUGCUAUUACCACAUUGUCGUCGUCUUGUACUAUGCAAAAUGUCAAAUUUAUGAACUGUAGAUCGUACCUGGAGUCGGUUAAACAUUUGUCAGUGAUUUGUAUGAACAUGCUGAUGAUUAUGGAGUUUGGGGGCUUUGUAUAAGAACAUAUGCUUUUUGUGGAUUUUCUGUUGUUUUUGUUUUGUUUUGCUUUCACUGGGAAUCAAACUGUUUACAUUAUUGUUAUUCCACUGCUCCCCUCUGCUUCUACCCUACUGCCGUCAUCACGAUGGACAUGGUCACUGUUUUUCUCUCUGAUUUGGGAAAGAGAAGGCCCAUUUUAAGAUUAUCGCCUAAAAUGAUCAUUUUAGACAAUAGAAAAUGUUUUUCCUCCCUUUAAAGAGUUAUUGAUGCGAUUCUGCCGAAGUUGUCAUGCCGGCCGCAAUUGCAAUGUAAACUUAACCCCUCCUGUGCCUAUACAGUUGUCAUUAAAAGUGUGGCAGACUGAUUUAACGUUGUAGUAAUUAUGUUGGAUUGUUAUAUUAAGGCGAGAUAGUGGAAACGAUACAUUAAUUUAACUUAAAGCUGUUCAGAAAUAAUCGGGUUUGUAAGAGGCCAUUGUAAGAGGUCAUUGUGUACAAUAGUUUUAUAAAUCGAUGUAAAAAAAAAAGAAAAAGAAAAAAAAGCCAUGAUUGCCUUGCUACCUCAGACACAAACACCUUUUCAUUUGCGUGGUCUGUAACUUGUUUCAUUUCAAUUUGACUGUACUUCAUUUCAAUUUUACUGUACUUCAUUUCAAGUUUACUGUACUUCAUUUCAAUUUUACUGCUGUGGGGAGAUACCCAGCAGAGUAAAAUAACAGACAAUACACAUUCUAUUACUUUACCACCAAUGGGUCUGUGGCCCUGCUGCCCCUCAUCAGUAUACUGUGUCUGCAUGUGUUGAUUUUCCCCUGUCAGACCUCUAGCACUGGUCUCGCUCUCUCAGAGUUAUGCGUCGUGUUUUCUGCUAUGCUAUCCUGUAAAACUUGUUCGUUUUAAUAACACUACCAUAACCUCCUCCAACUAUGUCCUUGGACUGAUGAUGAUGAUAGUGGUAGAGAUGAUGAUGAUGGAGAUAAUUGUCUUUCCUGAGGUAUGUAGUAUAGAUUGACCACACUACAUGUAAUAUGGCUACAUAUGUUUUAUUCUAAAUACAUUUUUAUAACAACUGUUGUUUCU